AUGGGUGCAACAACUAAUUUGCAACUUGAUUUUCCACUCCUUUAAUUGUCCUCUCUCUCAAGACUCGUUCUGAUCAUCCCUUCUCUCUCUCUUGGCUUUCUUCUUCCUUUCAUCAAUUAAAUUACGCAAAAAUUAUCAUAUUCAUGAAUUCUCAAGAGAAAGGUCGGCCAUUGCCGAAAUUCGGGGAGUGGGAUGUAAAUAAUCCAGCCUCGGCAGAUGGAUUCACUGUCAUAUUUGCUAAGGCUAGAGAUGACAAGAAGGCUAAUAGCAGUGCAGCACCAACACAAACGCCUAGGAAUGACUAUGCAUAUGGACAACCUAACCCUUAUCAGCAAGAAACCAGGAAAAGAAGGUUUUGCUGUUUCUGAAAGCAGGAUGUUUCGGUGGCUGUGAAUUAUGAGAGUUUUAAGGCCAUCGGGUAUUGCAGUUCAAGUCUGCCAAGUGGGAGAAUGAGUGCUGCAGCUUCUGUUUGUAUUUUACUCUAUUGGUUAUUGUUGCAUAUAUAAGGUUUUCUUCAAGUCUCUCUCAAUAUAUACUAUGUAUUCAGGGGAAUCGUCGACCAACUUUCACAAACACGCUAAUGUAUUCUACUUGAAAAGCAUAGUCGAUCACUCUCUCCAUUUA